ACGCUCCGCAUGAGAAGCUCAUUCAGUGAAGCUUCGAGCUCCAUUGCCAUGCCUCACUGAUUAGGCUUUUUCUUCGUUGAUUCUCUGCAACUUUAAUUGCUCCUUCAAUUCUUCUACACAUUAAUAUGAGUUGCUUUCAACUAUUAUUAGGGUUUCCUAUGUGAGUUUUUCUCUUGCUCUAAUGGCUUUGGCAAUGAUUCUGAAAGUUUUUCAUCUCAGGCGUGCUUUCCUGGAUUAGGUCUUAUUUAUAAGUUUUCUCUUUCUCUAAUGGCUUCUCCAGUAUAUCUGCAACAUUCUUAUCAGGUACCCUCUCCUCUUUCUGUAAUGUUCUUGAGGUGCCCUCCUUGCCAUGAAAUUCUAGGGAAGUCACUGAAAGUUAGCUCUGUUCGUGCUUCAAAUGCUUUGAAUUCACUGAAAAUGGAAACUGUAAGUCCCUGUAGAGUUGUGAAACUUCCGUCAAUAGAUGACCUAAGGGCAUCACGUGCACUGAAUUUACCUAGAAAUGAAGUAUUUAUGAAAUCUAGUGUGUUGCAAUUGCCUAGAACAGCGAUGGUUAGAUCCUUGAAUGUGUCGAAGCCAUGGACGAAUGAGUUUUUUAGCACAUCAAAUGCCCCAAAUGUACAGAAAAUGGAGGCUCCUAAGGCUUCAAAUUUAUCUGAAUUACCAGAAAUGGAUACCAGUACAGUGUCAAAGAGAAAGAAAGCAAGUGCUUCGAAAGUGUCACGAGCAUCAAAAAUUCCCGAGAAAAGGACUACUAGGGAAUCAAAUGCAUUUAAAUUACUUGAAAAGGACAGUGUUGAGGCAUCAAGUUCAUCAAAAUUCCAAAAAAUGGAUAUUGUUAGGACAUCUGAAUCACAUGUAAUGGAGAACAUGACUUUAUAUGAUCUCUUGAAAUUACCAGAUAUGGAAACUGAUAGUGAAUCAGAUUCACCGCACUCUCUAGAACCAGAGACACUCAUGACAUCCACAACUACCCGUCGUACUCGAAAAAAAGAUCCAUCUUCUUCUCCAUCCCCAAAAAAGGCUAGGCGUUCAAAAAAGACUGAACCUGUGCAAGAACCAGAAGGCUCAAAAAAAAUACAAGAAUAUGAAGAAGAAGGAGAUGGUGAUGAUGAAGACCCAAUGGAUUUCCCUUAUGAAUGGCCUCCACUAAUCUGUUGUUUUGGAGCAGCCCAAAGAGAGUUUCUCCCUACUGUUAGAGUUGCAGAGAGGCAAAUGCACCCUGACAUCUACUCGACGUGGAAGGGUUUGCAAUGGAGCCCACCUGAAUUUACUAGGGCACCUGGGGGGCCUCCAUUUAAUGUGGCCAUAUCGCAUGUUCGGUUAGGUGGGCGAGCUGCUUUUAUGGGAAAGGUCGGAGGGGAUGACUAUGGGGAUGAGUUGGUUUACACCUUGAAUAAAGAAAAGGUUCAGACUCGUGGGACGAAGAUUGAUCCAUCGGUUAAGACUGCACUUUCAUAUAUGAAGAUUGUUUGUAAGGAUGGGAAGCUGAGUUUAGAGCCGGUGAAGGAGUGCGCUGAGGAUUCAUUAUGUAGCUCAGAAGUGGACAUUGCUGUGCUGAAAGAGGCAAAGAUAUUCCAUUUUAAUGCUGAAGUUCUCACCUCACCAUCUAUGCAUUCUGCUCUAUUCAGAGCAAUACAACUCUCAAAGAAAUAUGGCGGCCUCAUAUUUUUUGAUCUGAACUUGCCAUUGCCUCUCUGGAGGUCCCGUGAUGAGACAAGAAAAGCUAUUCAAGAAGCAUGGAACCAAGCAAACAUCAUUGAGCUAACAAAGCAAGAACUAGAAUUCUUGCUUGAUGAAGAUUAUUACGAGAGGAAAAGAGAAUAUAAGCCCCAAUAUUAUGCCGAGUCCUAUCAGCAAACGAGGAAACAGCGUAACCAUUACCACUACACUCGAGAGGAGAUAGCCCCACUGUGGCAUGAUAACAUCAAAAUCUUGUUUGUGACUGAUGGGACUUUUCGAAUACAUUACUAUACACCAUCUUUUGAUGGGGCAGUUAUUGGGACUGAAGAUGUGCUCCUCACCCCAUUUACUUGUGAUAGAACGGGUUCAGGUGAUGCUGUUGUUGCUGGUAUAAUGAGAAAACUUACCACACAUCCUGAGAUGUAUGAGAACCAAGACAUUUUAGAGAGACAACUUCGCUUUGCCAUUGCAGCUGGGAUCAUAUCGCAGUGGACUAUUGGUGCAGUGAGAGGGUUUCCAACUGAGAGUGCUACCCAAAAUUUGAAGGAACAGGUAUAUGUCCCCUCUAUGUGGUAGGGCUCUUAUAAAUUUUACAUGAUCCAUGUCAUCAGUUGUGAAAAGUGAAGUUCUUGGAAAAGAUUCAUACUGCUGUUUUAUGGGGGAAGUUAUUUUAUGAGAAAGAAGUGUUCUUAUCUUAGAACCUUCUUAUGGUGCAAGUCCAAAUGGAUCCCUACAAAAGAGAUUCUUGCACUAUUUUGGCCUAUGUUCGCCCCAUUAAGUAUCAGGUGGGCCUUUCUGAAUCAAAUUUGUAGUGUGCGAAGCUUACCAGUUGUUGCCAAGAAAAUUUUUCUGCCGGCAUGUACUCAGCAAAUUUUGACCGAAAUAUGAAUCUUGUUUCUCUAAGUUUGCACUGACGUUUGCUUUGUUCUCCUCAGAAGUUUUGUAUCUACAAACCAAAUAGAGUUUUCUGGGAAGAGUUUGUGGCAGCAUACUAAGUACCAUAUAUCGUAGCCGAUUGGACUAUGGUGCAAUUUCCCUCCACAUAGAUCAGCCCUCUCUUGGAUUUAUUUUCUGUUUCUGAUCAUUUAGAGGGUUACUUUCUUCAAAUGUAGAAUUGUAAGUUUCCUUAUUGUGUGGAUAUUUGCAGUGUCGUAUUUCAGAAAAAUUAUACCGGUCAUGCUUAUUUAUCGAGGAAGUAAAAGAUAUUCAUCAA